AUCUAGAUUCUCGAUCUUACUGAGACGUAACAUAUAGAUUACAUUACUAUACGAACAUUAGCAUAUGACUGUUAUUAGUAAACUGAGCCAUAAAUUGCCUUGCUAGUAUUAUAAGUUUAAAAAGAUGUCACUGAACAGCUCUCAUGCUCAAGGAGGAGUUUUGAUCUACUCUGGUGAAAGAAUAUUAAUCUACUAUGAUGGAAUUGUGAUGACAUUUGAAGGGCCACCUUCCAUUGUGCAUAUGAAAGGAAAAAAGAAAGGCAGGAUUUAUCUAACAACACACAGAGUUAUUUUUAACAGCCAAGACCACAAAGACCAAAUGCAGUCAUUUUCUUUUCCAUUUUUACUGAUGAGAGAAGUGGAACUUGAGCAGCCGAUCUUCGGAGCAAAUUAUAUUAAAGGCCGAAUUUUAGCAGAACAAUUUGGAAAUUGGGAAGGUGAAGCCAAGUUUAAAAUGCACUUUACUCAUGGUGGAGCCAUUGAAUUUGGAAAAGCCAUGCUUCAUGCUGCUUCUCUUGCCUCAUGCAACAGACCCCCAAAUCCUCCACCAUAUUAUGCCCCACCUGGCGCUGACUACUAUGCUGCCCCACCCCCAGCAUACGAGCCUCCCAGAAACUCCUAUUACUCAUGGGUUCCCUAUGACACAUUUCCAACAGCACCUCCAGCUCAAAGCAUUUACAUGAGUCAAGCACCACCUCCCUAUCCUGGAGUGGACCCCAGCAUGAUGUACCCCACCCCCACAGCACCAAUGGCUAAUGGACAUGAUGCCAAAGCCCAGGAGGCGGCAGACGCUUACUAUGACCCAUCGAACCAGCACAACUUUUACGCACCAGCAGCCAAUGGCAUGGCCCCGCCAGCAUACCAUGGACCACCCCCAGCUUACAGUGAAUAUGAGAAGAAAUCUAACUAGUCAGUCUGCACCAACAGAUCAGUGAUACUUUUCUAUUGAGAUGAUUGUUCUGUUCCCACACAUAAAUUCACAAUGUUUUUUUCAUGCUUUUUAAAAUAUAUACAUUCUCUGUUGAUGAUUUGUGAUUAGGUUAUGAAUUGUAGUCUAUAUUUCUGUACAGCAACCUCCCAACAUUUAUAUUUAAGUGUUUGGUUUUGGUGGAAGGUCUGUGAUCUAAAGGUACGAGUAUGAUAUGUAAAACAUACUUUUGGGUAAUCAUUUUUCAGAUGUUUCUUUACCAUAUUUUUUUUUCUUUGCUUAAGAUUUUUACCUUUAUUGUCUAUGUUCAAUACUGUUGUAAAAAUAAAAUAGUCAAUGAAAUAAUGUAAUUUCAAUUACUCAGUACCAUCUUAAUUCCUAAUUUUUAUUUAAAAAAUAAUUUCUACUAAUAUUGGCUUGUUAAGAAUUCUUUUUUU